AUGAGUCCUAAUCAAUCAGAACUUGAUGAAUUCGUCAAAAAGCAACCUAUAAAUCUGGCUAAUUUCCAAAUCGAGGGUGUGGGUGUGUUACCAAUACCAUCUGAAUUAUUAAAGAAUGAUGGAAAUGGUGAAAAUAAAUUUACAAAAGCAUUAAAUGAAAAUAAUAAAGUUAUUUAUAUUGCUCAACUUAAAGAUGAAACUAAAAAUGUUGAUUUACCAUUUUGUCGUAGAGUUUUAGCCUAUGCAUUAAAAUGCCCUAAAAGAACGUAUUGGGGAAAAUGUCAUCAAUCAAAAGCUAAAGAAAUAAAAGAUUGUUAA